AUAAAUAUUUAUAAAUUUGACGUCUAAAUUGAGUAUCGUAGGAUUACAAAAAAAGGGCACAUACCAAACUUUACGUCAGAGGAUUCAAGCCAAUAAAAAUAGAUCUAUUGCCCUGCGAACUCUCUUUUUUGGGAAGACAUCUGUCCACGAAUACAAUCAAUCCAGCUUUAAAAAGAUGGCACCGCAAGAUUCAUUUAUCGAUCGACUUCCGUUCGAGACAGUUGUUGCGAUAUUUUCUCAUCUUAAUAAGCAACAAUGCCUCAUUUGCAUGAGCGUUUGCCAUGACUGGUUUGAACGCUUACCGUUUUAUGUAAAGGAUACUUGGGCGACAGUACGGUUUACCGAAAACAAAUCUCGCAUAAAGGACAUUUUCCGAGACCGAUGCUUGGGAAAACAUGUCAAGAAGGUUGAAUUCGAUACGUUUAUUCAAGAAGACGCUCUUUAUGCAAUGCUGAAAAGGCUCAUUGAACUCAAGUGUGAUGAAAUAAAAUCCAUAGCUACGUAACAAGGAAGGACUCGAAAAGAAGAACAUACGACUAACUUGUUAUAUGGUAUUUCUUUCUAGCCUUCGUCAAUUGUAUUACAGAUGAUCAAGGCCG